AUGUCUUUUAAAUUAUAUGGAUACGAGAGGAACCCUCGUACGAGGAUCAUCCGUAUUUUGGUAGGCAUCCAGCAGCAAUAUUCAGAGAAAUGGCUAAUGCAAUCCGUAAAGGCUGAAGCGGAAGGCAUUCAACUCGCCAUCCAUCAAGUUGUCCCUCGGCAAGGAAUUGGCAAAGACGACUACAAAAGCAAAUUUCCUCUGAGCGCAGGCAAAAUCCCCGGGUUAGAAGGUCCAGAUAUCCAACUCACGGAAACGUUGGCUAUUGCAAUGUAUCUGGCAAAGAUUGCGAACAAGUCGAGGCUGUUGGGUGAUGGAUCGAUCGUACAAGAGGCAGAAGUUCUCAUGUGGAUGAGCUGGGCCAAUCAAGAGUUGCUCCAGACACUCGCUAGGUGGUUUCUUCCACUAAUCCCAUCAUUUACGGACCCAGCGCCGUACUCAAUGGGUCCUCGAUGCUGA